AUGGCUAGCACAAUGUUUGUCAAAGUUACUUUCUUGGUUAUGGCAUGCUUGGUUUUGAGCACUCCCUUAGCUAAUGCUGCCCUUUCAUGUGGUCAGAUACAACUCACAAUAACACCAUGCAUUGGGUACCUUAGGAGCCCAACUCCGUCUGUCCCUGCUCCAUGUUGCAAUGGGAUUAGAACUCUAAAUAGUCAAGCUAAAACUGUCCCUGAUCGUCAAGGUGCUUGUAGGUGCCUUAAAUCCACCGUCAUCAGCUUCCCUGGACUCAAUCUUCCAGCUCUUGCUGCUCUUCCGGCCAAGUGUGGUGUCAACUUGCCCUACAAAGUCACUCCCUCCAUUGACUGCAACACGUAUAUCUCUUCAAAUCAACCCUCUCUUUUCAUAUAA